GAAGAACCUACCAACAAACCCAUCAAUUAUCACGUGCCAAACCAAACCACAACCUUGUCCAUGACUUCCAAUGAAACACAAACACCGACUCAGCACUUCUCCACUCACACCUCCCGACUCAUUAAUAAAUAAAAAACCAACGCCACCGAGUCCCCAGUCCGCCCAUCGAAACCAUGCAACCCUGCCAAAUGUCCCUCCUCUUCAUCAGCGGCCUCUUCUCCGUAAGUUCCAACGUUAUCCCCACCAAAGAAGAGCAAGCAAACCUCCUAACCGACGUCCAGGAAGUCUUCGAACAUGCCAAACUCCUCGUGGACGUGGAGGCCAACUCCACCGACUCGUCCGUGGUCAGCGACGUAACCAAGAUGGUCGAAAGAGCCAAAGACAAACUCCGCUUGAUCGAACAACUCUCAAUUUCAAGGAUGACCUUCACCAGCAACACCGUCUGCAUGCUGGAGUCCAAGCACGACAUGGAGAAGCUGGCGCGCCUGGGAGCGGCGGAGCUGGAGGCGUGCGUGAGCGGAACCGCGGACGCCGUCGCCGCCAACUCGCUCACUCUCAAGAACAGCACGGGGGCGGCGACGCAGCGGGGGCAGGAGCUGCUGGAUACGUUGUAUGCGUGCAGUCGCAAGCCGGGGUUGCAGGUGAUUUCGUGCUACAAGGAUGUUAUUGCCAAGGACGUGGCUCCGGUUAAGAGGAUGUUAUUAGGGGCCAUCGAAGCGCACAGAGAAGGACACUUCAGGACGAUAGAGAUAAGGGACGCGGCUAAUAACUGCGUCGACGAUGUGAUAGGGAGAUAUAGGGCGAAGAUGGCGACUGCUUUGAAAGAAGGGCUGAGUUGUGUUUAAUC